AUGAAAUCUGCUGUCCUUCUAAAACAGUUCAUUAAGAAACACUGGGAGGAGGAGGAAACUUUUGAGCAUCCUGUUGUUUCGAAUGAAGAAAAGGCAGCUAUACGUGGACUUCUUUUAUUGUCAUUGGAUGAUUCUCAUAGGAAAAUCUGCACGGCAGUCAGCAUGGCUGUGGCAUCCAUUGCACAUUAUGACUGGCCAGAGGAUUGGCCUGACUUACUGCCACUCCUCCUAAAGUUGAUAAAUGAUCAAACUAAUAUGAACGGAGUGCAUGGGGCUUUAAGAUGCUUGGCUUUUCUUUCGGGGGACUUGGAUGAUAUGGUGGUGCCAAAACUAGUGCCUGUUUUGUUCCCAUGCUUGCACACUAUUGUGUCAUCUCCGCAGAUUUAUGACAAAAUUUUGCGUGCAAAGGCUCUUUCAAUAGUUCACUCUUGCAGUUCUGUGCUCGGUGUAAUGAGUGGUGUGUAUAAGACAGAAACCAGUGCGUUAAUGUCGCCAAUGGUUCAGACAUGGAUGGAGCAGUUCUCUAUUAUCCUGGAACAUCCUGUUCAUUCUGAUGACCCUGAUGACUGGAGCAUCAGAAUGGAGGUUUUAAAGUGCUUGAAUCAAUUUGUUCAGAAUUUUCCUAGCCUUACAGAAACACAAUUUAGAGUUGUGGUCGGACCAUUGUGGCAGACGUUUGUAUCAUCGCUUAGAGUUUAUGAACAAGCAUCAAUUGAAGGCGUGGAAGAUCCCUAUGAAGGAAGAUAUGAUUCUGAUGGUGCAGAGCAAAGCCUUGAGUCCUUCGUUAUCCAGUUAUUCGAGCUUCUAUUGACCAUCGUGGGUAGCUCAAAAUUGGUAAAGGUGGUUGCAAAUAAUAUUAAGGAAUUGGCAUACUACACCAUUGCGUUUCUGCAGAUUACUGAACAUCAGGUUCAUACUUGGUCACUGGAUGCAAACCAAUAUGUCGCUGAUGAGGACGACAAUACUUAUAGUUGUCGUGUUUCUGGUGCUCUUUUACUUGAAGAGGUUGUUAGCUCUUGUGAUACAGAGGCAAUCAAUGCUAUAGUUGAUGCUGCAAAAACCCAAUUCGUCAAUUCUCAACAAGCAAAAGUUACUGGUUCUGCUGCCUGGUGGAGAAUAAGGGAGGCAAUACUUUUUGCUUUGUCAUCUCUCUCUGAUCAGUUGCUUGAAGCAGAGGUUUCUGGGCAUACUAGGGCUGAUUUAGGAAACCUGUUAGAGCAAAUAAUUGCUGAAGACAUGGGAUCAGGGGUGUAUGAAUAUCCCUUUCUUUUUGCACGUGUGUUCUCAUCUAUUGCUAAGUUCUCCUCCAUGCUCAGCCACGGUGUUGUUGAGCAUUUUCUCUUGGCUUCUAUUAGUGCAAUUGGCAUGGAUGUGCCCCCACUGGUGAAAGUUGGUGCCUGUCGCGCACUUUGUCAUCUCUUACCUGAUGCAAACAAGGGGAUGCUUCAGCCGCAUAUAAUGGGCUUAUUUUUGUCACUUGCUAAUCUUCUUAAUCAAGCAUCUGAUGAAACCAUGCAUCUGGUACUUGAGACACUGCAAGCAGCAAUUGGAGCAGGGCAUGAAGCAUCAGUAUCUAUAGAGCCUGUUAUCUCUCCUAUUAUCCUUAAUAUGUGGGUAUCACAUGUUUCAGACCCUUUCAUUAGCAUCGAUGCUGUUGAGGUUCUAGAGGCAAUAAAAAAUUCUCCUGGUUGUAUUCAACCCCUUGUUUCUCGAGUUCUACCUUUCGUUGGACCUAUUAUGAAUAAACCCCGGCAGCAGAGUGAAGGUUUAGUCGCUGGUGCAUUGGAUCUUGUGACAAUGUUACUAAAGAAUGCGCCUACUGAUGUGGUGAAAGCUAUAUAUGAUACUUGUUUUGACUCUGCUAUACGGAUAGUCCUUCAGACCGACGAUCAUAGUGAACUUCAGAAUGCAACCGAGUGCUUAGCUUAUUUUUUAUCUGGUGCAAAACAAGAAGUUCUUGCAUGGGGUGGUGAUCCUGGAUUUACGAUGAGAAGUUUGCUUGAUGUAGCUUCGAGGCUUCUAGACCCCGAUUUGGAAAGCUCUGGAUCACUUUUUGUUGGAAGCUACAUUCUGCAACUUAUUUUGCAUCUGCCCUCACAAAUGGCACCUCAUAUCAAAGAUCUGGUUGCUGCUCUGGUCAGGCGUUUGCAAUCUUCUAAAAUUGCAGGACUACGAAGCUCAUUGUUACUUAUUUUUGCUAGAUUGGUCCACAUUAGUAUACCACAUGUAGAACAAUUUAUUGACUUGCUGAUCUCAGUCCCUGCAGAAGGUCACGACAAUUCUUUUGUAUAUGUGAUGUCAGAAUGGACCAAGCAGCAAGGGGAGAUUCAGGGUUCCUACCAAAUCAAAGUAACAACCACUGCAUUAGCCUUAUUGCUAUCAACAAGGCAUAUUGAACUUGGGAAAAUCACUGUCCAAGGUCAUCUAAUUAAGUCCACUGCAGGGAUAACAACUCGCUCAAAGGCUAAAUUAGCUCCGGAUCAAUGGACAUCAAUGUCCCUUCCUGCAAAGAUACUGGCUCUAUUGACUGAUGCGCUGAUUGAGAUUCAAGAACAAGUUUUGGGUGGUGGUGAUGAGGAUAGUGACUGGGAGGAAGCUCAGGCAGGAGAUGCAGAAGCAGAUCAAGAUUUACUCUAUUCUGUAGGUGAUACAUCAUAUAGCAGGCCCUCUUAUGAAUACCUUGAUGCAAUGGCAAAAGCUAUCGAUGAGGACGAAGUUGACGGUGAUGAAGAUGAAUCACUUCAUAGUGCUGACCCCCUUAAUGAGAUAAAUUUGGCAAAUUAUCUAUUCGACUUUAUUGUGAAGUUCUCUCAAACCGAUAGACCAUUGUUUGAUCAUCUUUGCCAGAGUUUGACAAAGGCUCAACAAAAUGCUGUUCAAAUGGUGCUAAAUCGGUGAAGAUUUUGAUUGUUGCAACGGGGUGUAGUUCUGUAAAGAGGCAAAGUUUUGGUCGAGUGACUAGACUAGAAAACGCGGCUUUUGUUUGGUUUUUUUCUGUUUGGGUUUUUUUUGUUUUACCUCCUUUGGUCUUCUCUGGCUUUUGUUUGGCUUUUCUUCUCUUGGGGUUAUUUAUUUAUUUUCCCCCAUUUGGUGUUCUCUCUCUCUCUCUCUCUCUCUCUCUCUUUGUUUUUUGGGUAGGAGCUUUCGGUUGUUUCCCAUCAGCAAGGUGAUAAGCUAAUGGUUGUUUAUUCAUGUAUAAGUAGCAAGAAAUUUGCGAAAUCAUUGUAGUAAUAUUUAUCCUAGCAAAGUAUGUGUAGUGUGAGAACAAGUCAAUGUAUAAGGGUAUAAGCCUUUAAGGUAUUGAGUGUGUUUAGUGUGAGAACAAGUCACUGUAUAAGUGUAUAACGUAUUGAGUGGAUAACUACAUCUCUCUCUCUC